AUGAUUUUCUUCAAGAAACAUCUGAUUUUGUUCACUGUCUUCGUCAUAUUUAUGUUAGACUCGGUUCAAUUCUGUGCUUCAGCUGCUCUGGUUUCUUUUGCUGAUCAUUGCACUUCAAUUGCUGCCGACUACUCAACUCCAGCAGGAUAUGCCGGAGUUCAUUCCUCCGUCCAUAGCAUUACAGGUUUCUACCACACUUCUAAUGGAAGUAACAUUUUCCUUAAUCAGAGCUCAAAUCAUGGAGUUGUACAAAACUCAAUCGUAUUCCGCUUCUGGUAUGAUGGAGCAGCAGAAGAACAAGCAGGCCUGUUCAGGGUCCAAGGAAGUCUUGAAUUUCCAAAAGACACCAGUACAUAUUACCUUGUUGGGACGUCCACAAGCAGCGGGCAAGCCACUGACAUCGGAUCGGAAUCAGCUUCAAAUGUACAACAUUUGACAAGCUUUAAGCUAAAAGGGAUAUGGUCAGAAGCUUCUGGGGAGCUUUGUAUGGUUGGAUCAGGUUCUCGUUACUCGAAACAAGGUAAUAUACUUGAAAUUCCUGUAGUUCUUAAGCUCCACAAACUCAAGAAUUCCAGUAGUCUUACGAGCUUGAUCAGUGGAACCUUAGAGAGCUUGGUAAAUUCUCAUGAUGAUCCAAACUAUUUUGGACCAAUUUCUAUGUCAAUGCUUCCUUCCAUGAACUACCAGUACAGUCUAGCUUCAAUUAAGUCUCAUGACAGCUCUUAUGAUAAAAUUGAUUCUCCUUCAAGUUCUUUAAAAAUAGGGAGAUUUUGCUCUGUGAUCUCAAAUUUAGUACUGGAUCGCUAUUUUGUACUGAAGUAUCCAAGCCGCUGUCUGAAUAUCGGCUUGGUAAAGAACUGCUCCCCUCUUUCUGUGUCUUAUGUGCCUGGAAUCGUGUCAUUGAAGAAUAUCGAGUGUUUGGAGGAUAAACAAAAGAUGCGAGUUCUGGUAGAUUUCUCAGGAAGUGACAGACAGAGUCAGUGGCCUUUCGAUCCAAGUGCAACCUUGGUUGGGGAAGGUUCAUGGGACGCCAUGUCAAAUCAGGUAAUUUUUGCUGCUUGUCGAUUCUUGAAUGCAACGGAUCACUUAAAUACCAGCUAUUUGGGUGAUUGUUCAGUAAGAUUGAGCUUCAGGUUUCCUUCAAGGUGGACAAUCGGAAAUACUAGUAGCAUCCGGGGACAAAUUUGGAGCAACCAGACCGCGGCAGAAUCAGAUUACUUUGAGAACAUUACAUUUGAAAGUGGUCAGAAUGAUUGGUCCAGGUUUACACUUCCGGGUCAGGCAUAUGAGUAUACAAAAAUAGACCAGGUGAUAAAGUUGUGCCACAUAAAGAAGACUGGAAAUGAAAAUGUCAAUAAGUACAUUUACUCACAUCCGUUUUCGUCUGCAAUGAUAUUUCAUAUAUCAGCCAUGAAUUCUGCAGGAGAAGAAAUUGGAUGGGGUUAUUCUGUCCCUCUCUCUGUUGGAAAACAGUUUUACGAUCCGCGGUCAUAUUCAAUUGAAGAUGGAACUGAAGACUGCCCUCUAGGGUCUGAAUGUCCUCCUGUGAGGCAUACAUACAACCUAAGAAACCCUCACAACAUUAGCUACAGAAUAGACAUCAAACCAGACGGUGGGGUUCAGUUGCCGAAAGGAUUCUUCAAUCAAAAUUCUCAAGUCGCAAUGGUGAUUUCUGCUGAAGGAAUGUAUGAUGAUACAGAAGGAAGGCUGUGUAUGGUAGGUUGCCGAGAUCUGAGCACUAACAUAUACCAACAGCCAACAAAUGAUUCUAUAGACUGUGAGAUGGUAAUCCACUUUGAGUUUCGUCCACCAUAUCCAAACACUAGUUCUAUUAUUGGAAGCAUUGAAAGCACACGAAACAAGUCUGAUCGUCUAUAUUUUGAGAGAGUGGAAUUGACAGCUGCUAUUUACAGUUAUAGAGUAGCACAAUCCAAAAGGAGGAAGGAUGUAGAGAUCCUUUUGGAUAGUAUAUCCAAUACAGUUGGAUAUGUCUCUGGGAUAUUGCAACUCUAUCAUAUGAGAAGCUGGCAUCCCGAGAUUCGUCCCUUCAUUUCCAUCUGCAUGCUGUAUAUUCUUGGUCUAGGCUACAUGCUUCCUCUUUACUUUGAUGUGCACAGUAGCCAAUCGAUGUUCCCCGAAACCAUUGGAUGGCUUGAAUUCCUUGAACUAAUUGUAAAAGUUGCAAAUUUCUUGCUUCCACUGAGGUUUCUUCUGUUAACAUGGUUAGCGAGGUUAGCAAAUCGAAACAAAAAUAAGGCAUGGGCCCUGGGGAAGCUUGCUCUCCUUUCCGCUUUACCAGUAUAUGUUGCAGGGUCAUUUUUCGCUUUGUUCAUGAUAAUAUGGGGGAAGAGGGACUAUAUUGUUGAGAUGGUUUCAAGGUACCUUGGUCAUGAUACUUUGGGGACUGUUCUGAAAACUUGUGCUGGUCUGGUCUUGGAUUGGUUCUUACUACCUCAAAUUGUGCUCAACUUCUCCCGGAAAUCAAAGGAAAAGUCUCUUGCAGUUUCCUUCUUUGUUGGUACAACUUUUGUUCGAGUGAUGCCACAUGCAUACGCUCUUUACAAGGCUCAUACAUCUGCUCAUAGUCAACUGAAUGACUCGUACAUUUAUCCAAGUUCUGCGGCAUUCUAUCACUCUACCUCUUGGAAUGUCGUUGUUCCUUGUGGAGGUCUACUUUUUGCUGUGAUAAUCUACAUGCAGCAGCGGUUUGGGGGAUGCUGCAUUCUUCCUCACAAGUUGAGACAGUUUGGUGAAUAG